AUGUCUAAUCCAGGAUCAGUUGCUGCGAAUGUUUCUGUUUAUAAAUCCAUUCCUAGGGCUCCACUGGUGGAUAAAGGAAAAAGGAAAUGUAAUCGUAAGAAGGUUGGUCCCCCUCCGAAGGAAGAUUGGAUGAUCAAGGAAGCAGGUUCUGAUUUGAAGAGGAAAAGGGAGGAAAAUGAGCUUCUGGUUUUCUUUGAUCAUUGUCCAAAGAAAAAGGUAUCUCAUGAAUUCUUUGACUCUCACUCUGUUCUACAAUCGGUGGAGACUGUUAAUCAGUCCCAUCGGGAGUCAUGGAAAGAUCCCAACCUAGAAUUCUUGAUGGAGACUAGGUUAAAUACAAAGGAGAUGGAGCGUGUCAAACAGAGUAUUGGACUUUCACAAGGCUUGAUAGUGGAUGCAAGAGGUCGAGGUGGUGGCUUAGCAUUAUUGUGGUAG